GGCGGAGAGCUGUAGUACAAAAACACUGUGUUUUAUUGUUCAUUAGACUGAAAUUUAGCUUCCAUCCAGUAGAGGCAGUCUUAAAAAGAACCACUCUGGUAGGUCGAAGAAGAAAAACACUUCCCACGUUGGACAUAACAUUGGAUGCAUUGUUUUUCUACUGACUUGAAUUACACCGGAAUAGAUGUCUUCUCCAACUCAAGCAGAUGAAGAUGAGGUGGAAGAAGUGGAGUUUGUAUCAGAGGGCUCUGAAAGACCAGUAUUGGAAUGUAUUGACCUGCUGAGUGAUGAUAAUGAUGAGGAUGAGGGAUGUUCAUCAUUUGCAGGCACAAUUGAAGAUAAAAUCAGCCGCCAUAAGGCUCGUAUUUCAUCAACAUUGGACCGACUAGCACAGCAGGUGGCCCGAGAGAAGCAGGAACGAAUAGAUAAAUGUCGGGCAUUCAAGGAGAAGCAAAUCUUACAAAGAGCUCAUGGACAGCAGGAGCUGGCUUGUAGUUCUUCAAAUGGCUUUAAUCGGGAAGCAAAGAACUGUGUGGACAUGUGGUUGAAGAGGCCAGCUCCUAAACCUGGAGUGAUCCAUUCUGGAUUUGGAUGGCGAAACAGACGUGUUCCUAUUCCUGGAAAUAUUUCCAACAGACAAACUUGUCCAGUGAUCAACUGUAGUCGAGUUUAUGACAAUCUGUCCCUUCUUGACGGUCACCUAAAAAGGUUUGAUCACUCCCCUUGUGACCCGACCAUCCAUGUUAAAGGAUGGCCAUCUGAGCUCUUUGCCUGUAUCGUCUGUUCUCAAAAUUUUCAGACUGAAGAAUCAUGGAAAACACAUCUCAUGUCCAAGGUGUCCUCAUCUGCCGCUGAAGGUCACAGCAUCACUCAGACCUUUCAGAGGAUUGUGUGUUUUGCCUGUCCUGCCUGCUACCACCUCUUCAACCUCCGAGAUGAGUGUCUGCAGCACAUGUCAACCUGGAACCACUUCACCGAGUCACUCCCCAUGAGUGAGCACAAAGGAAGAGCACAACCGAUUCCCGUCUCACAAUACGUAAAAAAUCGUCUCAUUGGGCUGUGCAAGGAUGUCCCGUUCAAUAUCCGAUGCUCUUUAUGUCACAAAGUACUGAUCUCACAUCAAGCAGCUAAGGCUCACUUUAAUGUGCAAUGCCGAGAGGGCUGCGCCGUGGCUUUGGCUGAUAAAUCCAUCGUGCAGGUGAUGAAACAGCUGCAAGUGCAUGGGCAGUGUUCCCUCUGCUGUAAAAUCUUUCUCAGUCAAGCUGAAAUUGAGAGGCACAAAGAAUCGACCCAGCAUGACGUGGAGGUGAAUGACACCAUGGCCAAAGCCCUGCUUCAGUACUGCAGGUUUAAAGAAAUGCAACACACCCAGACAGCUGGAGAGGCACAGGGCAGAAGACAGUCCACUGGCCUUGAGUCACCUUCUCAAAAAAGAAGCAAGAAGAGGAGUGAUGAAUUUCCAGCCAAACGUCAGAGACUGAAUCGCAGCGCUGUCAGAAACUAUGUGACAGCCUGGUUCUGCGAGUGUGGCAUUCAGUUCUCAGAGGAGGCUACAGCCAAAAAGCAUAUAUUGGCUGCAAACCGAAUUUUCCAUCAGUGUGGCGUGUGCGGCAAACACAUGGGGGAGUCCUCAAUCACCCGCCUGCAUAUGAGUCGCUUUCACGGAGGAGCUCAUCUCUCCAACUUCCUGUAUAACUGCCUGAAAUGCAACGUGGAGAUGCCUCGUUACGAAGACAUCCUGUCGCACGUGGCCGAUGCUCACAGCGGACACACCUACUUCACUGAGCGGGAAGUGCCCAAGGAGCUCGAUACCAAGCCUUCAACCAGCAGCAAAGCCGCCUUGCAUUCAUCCUCCAAAUCCACGGUCCAACAGGGCCUAGCGGAGACUUCCAAAGCAGAGCCGACGUGGAUGUGCAGGAUGUGCGAGGACACCUUCGACUCGGAAGCAGCCGCACGCAAACACUGCAGCGACUUGAGCAACCACAGCUUCCAGAGGUUCGUCUGUGGACACUGCCCCCAGAAGUUCUUUAAGGAGUCCACCGUGCGCAGACACUGUGCGAAUGAGCACAACGGGCAGAUAAAGAGCUCCCACUUCUGCGGCCUCUGCGAAAGCAUGCCGUUUGACACAGAGGCCAUGUUCCUGGAGCACUACAAGAGUCUUCACAGUACCGACUACUACCGCAUGGAUGAGAGUGAAGUUGAUCAGCCUGCUGUUGCUGAGAGCAGCAGUCAGACUACAUGCCUGUGCAUGGGUUCCGACGAUAGCCAAGAGAAGAAGAAAGCUAAAUUCACCCAAUGCAUGAGGUAUCUGUCUGCUGAGGGGAAAUGUCACUAUGUGUGCGCUCUUUGUGGCGCCUCUGUGCAGUCCUAUGCAAGGAUGAAAACUCACAUCCACACAAAGCACGCAGCCUUGAACCUGGACAAGACCUAUGACGUAGAGUGCGAUGUUUGCCAGGAGAGUUUCACGAGUGUCCCGAGUUUCCAUAAACACUAUCACUCCCGACACUGUUCAAUGGAACCUUGCAUUAGCUCCAGGACCUGCAGAAAAACCAUAAAAGUAGAACCAUCCCAAGUGCCUGAUGCCGUGGCGAUCAUAUCAGAAACUAAUGAGAUUGAAGAUGAAACCGUGGUGAAUUGUUUGAGGAUGGAACAGGCCAACAUACAGCAUGAAGCACGUGAAAUUGACUCGGAGGAAGAGAUGAACCAUGAACCCUCUUCAAAUACAGAAGAAAGAGAGUCAGCAGAGUUGGAAGAAGUUCUCAAAAGGAGUCUUCUGGAGUUUUGAGGACAUGAUGGUUUUUGUUUGUUUGUGACAUGAUGCUUAUCUGACAAUAUCUUGCGGUGAUUUGUCCAAAGUAUUUCUGUUCAAAAUAUUAUAAAUAAAAAAAUGGCUAUUGGAA